AUGCCUGAGGUGUCUCAUGUUAAAAUCGAUUCACCUGUAUUUCGUCUGCACACAAAUGCAACUGUUAUUCUGUUAAUAACAUUUUCGAUUGCUGUUACGACGCGACAGUACGUAGGAAAUCCAAUAGACUGUGUUCAUACCAGAGACAUUCCGGAAGAUGUGCUUAAUACAUAUUGUUGGAUUCACUCAACUUAUACAGUGGUGGAUGCCUUCAUGAAGAAGCAAGGAUCCGAGGUGCCUUUUCCUGGGGUUCAUAAUUCGCAGGGACGUGGACCUCUUACAAUAAAACAUACAAAAUAUUAUCAAUGGGUGGCGUUUACGCUAUUUUUUCAGCAACAACAACAACAACAUCGGCUACCGCUGCAGCUGCAGCAAGAAAUAUCACACAAAUGUGAUGUGAACAUUAGCCGUGCUAAAAUUAAACAGGAAGGAAUCGGUAAUUUUGGCUUCCAUUACUCACGCUCGAAUGUUCCACAUCAUUUUACAUUACAAGCGCAACGCGGUAGUUCGAAUUUUUCCUCUUCAGUACUUGCUCGCUCGUAUCUGUUCAUUGGACGCUAUGGGAAGAAAUGGUAA